GUUUACGCUUUCCUAAAGCGGGGACACUUUAUAUUUUGCUAUACUUUUUUUUAAAUAUCUGAAAUUAUUAUUAUGUGUUAAAUUAGUGUAGAUAAAAUAACAGCGAGUGUUCGUGUUUAGCGUGUGUUCUCCUUUAAAUGUCGUGCUGCGCAGAGGCAGCUGAGAUCACCACACAGUCACAGGAGAUGAUCGGCCUCAUCAGCGCUAACCAGCGGCAGUAAUGGACUGAUCUGUGUCGAUGUUCAGAUUUGUUGGCCAUGGAAAAGGAUAUGAUACCGAAAUUCUCCUCAAAAGAUGAGGAAAUCGACUUCUGGAAAACUCUCACUUUCAAGUACAAGCAAGGCUGCCAGGAGGCUCAGGAGGAGCUGUGUGAGUUUCAGGAGGGGAGCAGGGAGCUGGAGGCUGAGCUGGAGGCCCAGCUGAGCCAGGCCGAGCAUCGCAUGAAAGAUCUGCACUCUGAGAACCACAGACUGAAGAAUGAGGUCGAUUCACUCAAGGAUAAAGUGGAGCAUCAGUACUCGCAGAGCUACAAGCAGAUCUCCGUGCUGGAGGACGACCUCGGCCAAACGCGCAGCAUCAAGGACCAGCUCCACAAAUACGUCAGAGAGCUGGAACAAUCCAACGACGACUUGGAGAGAGCUAAAAGAGCCACUAUUGUGUCUCUGGAGAACUUUGAGCAGCGUCUGAACCAGGCCAUAGAGAGGAACGCCUUCCUGGAGAGUGAGCUGGAUGAAAAAGAGUCUCUUCUGGUCUCCGUGCAAAGAUUAAAGGAUGAAGCCAGAGACUUGCGGCAGGAGCUGGCCGUGCGUGAGCGGCAUACGGAUGUAACCAGGAUGUCCGCUCCGAGUUCACCCACACAGGACAACGUGAAGAUGGACACUGCUGUGCAGGCUUCUCUCUCCCUCCCUGCUACACCUCUGAGCAAAGAGCUGGACAACGCCUUUGCCAACCCGACAGUGCUACCAAAUGGCUACGGCAGCAACUCACCGUUGACUCCCUCUGCCAGAAUAUCAGCACUCAACAUUGUCAGUGAUUUACUCCGGAAAGUAGGGGCUCUGGAGUCCAAACUCGCUGCGUGCAGAAACUUCACCAGGGACCAGAAAGCCAGGAAAGCGUAUGCUCUGGACAACAGCAAUGCGCUAAACGCCAACACGACCAACUACUCGCAGUCGCUCCAUACUUCAUAUUUUGACAAAGCGACCAUGAAUGGACUGGAACCUGGUAACCUGACAGCCAUCACCGUCCCGCCCGCUGCUUCCUCCGCAGGCUUAAUGCCCCUCGCUGUGCGACAAUAGCCCCCUCCCCCUCUAUAACCCUGUCACCCAACACAUUCACUCCUCUGAUGGAAAAGUGCAGACAAAAAAAUAAACACAAACACUGUAUAACUUGGUUGUACUGUUAUCCCGGAGCCUCCUCUCAUCUUCUCUGUUCUCACAACUUGUGCUUUGUUCCUACUGUAAUAACGCGUCCCUGUCUGUACACUGUAUGUGUUACUGUAUCUGCUGUUUGCCUUGUACAAAAGGUGGUGAAGCCCUCUGCUGUUGACACAAGGUUCCGUCAGGUUGCCCCCAAUUUGUCAACAAAUCUUAAUCUUAAAAAGGAAAUAUUAUGCACAUUUACUAUUAAACUUCAACUUCCAAAUAUUAUUUUAAGCUUUUUUUUUUUUUUCCCUGAGCAAUAAAUGCAGUUAACAUUUAUAUGUACUUCCACAGCAAAGAAUGCAAAAUAACGGGUUUACAUUGGUUGGCACAUUAUGCCACAUGACUCAUGUCUUCACUGGUUACUGCUGUUUCUCAGUGUCCACCACAUUAUCUUCGGUGUGUGAGUGACGAUUCAAAAGAUUGUCUUACGCAGUUUUCUUGUCUACUGUGAUCUGAUUUCCAAACUGUCUCAAAAGGGAGUAAACUGGAGUCUUUGUGUCAACGUCGUGGGUCAAACGCACCGUUAACGUCUGAAUUAUGUGACAUGAUGUGUACAGUAUUGGUCAUAUUGAUCGUUAUUUAUAUAGACAGCCAGUGAAAUGGUGCUGGUGUAGUGUUCACAGCAGUUAACCAGCAUUCUUGUAUUCUCUGGUCAGUGUUUUAUCCCGUAGAAAUCUAGCGUCCUUUGUUUGUUUUGAUUAACUACACAACUCAUUUUCAGUACUGUUCACUACAAGAUAAAGUGAAGCACUUUGACCUUGUGUCAACUUAAAAUGCCACCUUUAUUUUUUUUUUCAUCCAAGUGCAAUAUUGCCUAUUUGUUAUUGUUUGCGGGUUUGAAUUAUUUGAGAUUUCUUAUAUUGCAUGUUUUAAUAAAAGCUCUACUUAUACUACAUGAA